AUGGCUGACCAUCACAUAAGAGUAGCAGCUGAAACUCUUCUAGACAGUGUUUCUAAUCCACACUAUAGAACUUUAUCUCAUUCACAAUCUGUAAAUCUAACAACAGAAGAGAUUUUGGCUGGUUACAGACCACAGGGAAGGAUGUCACCUGUGCGAAGAUUCUUUUGUUUAUUUGUCACAUUUGAUUUACUCUUCACAAGUUUGAUGUGGCUCAUUUGUGUUGUGAUGAAAGGCGAAACUAUAGUGCAAAUUUUUAACAGGGAGAUUGUCCAGUACAGUAUAAAAUUAUCGCUCUUCGACAUUGUGUUAGUUGCGAUGCUUAGGUUUUUAUUACUGAUUCUUUUCUAUGCAGUGCUAUAUAUUAGUAAUUGGAGCAUUAUUGCUCUUUCUACUGGCGGAACAUGUGCCUUCUUGAUAGCCAAAGUGUUCGUUUAUGAUUGGCCGGAUGCCUCUCAACCUGUCUUCCAAGUCUUCCUCAUACUCACGUCGUUUACCCUUGCGUGGGGUGAAGCCUGGUUUCUUGACUUUCGGGUGCUGCCUUUGGAGAUGGGAGCAAAUAUUCCUAUAACCCAGUUGGUGGCGUCGGAAAGAACGCCAUUGCUCAACCCAGUGCGACCUACCGGUGUGCAGUCGACUUACGGCGAGUCGACGGUGAACUGGUUCUCGCCAGUCGAGACUCCAGAGUCCAGCCCGCGGCCCAGGAAGCCCGGCGAGCAGGUCAUCUUGACACAGGACCAGAUAGACGAAUACAAGCAACAAGCAGAGGAGAGCAUGCAGAACGCUUGGCAAACAAUCAACUUGGCGGACUGGCGGUUGGAGAAGCGCGGUACUCACAGGGGUGACAUCGUCGAGUCCCGGCACACGGAACGAUUUGGGAAGGUUUAUAAAUUUACUGGUAUAGUAGAGUGUCCUGCUAAGUUCCUGUACGAGGAGUUUAAGAACAACGUCGCCAGUAUAACCGAUUGGAAUCCCACUAUUUUGAAGUCUGAAAUAAUAAAAGAAGUGGGUCCAGGCAUAGAUCUGACGUACCAAGUGACGGCUGGUGGCGGCCGAGGCCUCAUUCAUCCAAGAGACUUCGUCAUACUGCGACGAACCGCGCAACUGUCGCGGGAAGGCCAGGUGACUGAAAGUGAACCGUAUUGCUACAUGACAAGCGGCGUCAGUGUGCAAGUACCCGGAUAUCCACCGCAGAAGGAUAUGGUCAGGGGUCACAACAAAGUUGGCUGCUGGCUCAUGAGACCGAAAACAACCCAGACAGCGGGCGGCAAGAUUGAGGAGUACACUGUCUUCCAGUGGCUGAUGUGCUGCGACUUGAAAGGUAAAAUACCGCAGUUUGUCCUGGACGCGGCGUUCGCAACUGUCAUGUUGGAACACAUUGUGCACGUUAGAAAGUUCGCAGCUGAAAGCAAGGCUAGAGGACUAUUUUAG